CUGGGAUUUUCACUUUAUUUAACAAAUAUAAAGUGGUGUUAAUGGUUGACUGUGACAGUGUUUAGGCUGUUGUUUGUUUUGCUGUGUGCAUUUGUGUUCACAGAAAAAUGGCAGAAGCCACUAUUUCAUGGGUUGAGGAUCCAGUCAUCUGUCUGAUCUGUCUGGAUCUACUGAAGGAUCCAGUGAUCAUUCCCUGUGGACACAGUUACUGUAUGAGCUGUAUUACAGACUGCUGGGAUCAGGAUGAUCAGGAGGGAGUCUACAGCUGUCCUCAGUGCAGACAGACCUUCACUCCAAGAUGUGUUUUAGGUAAAAACACCAUGCUGGCUGAAGUGCUGGAGAAACUCAAGAAGACAAAACUACAAGCUACUUGUCCUGUUUGGUGUGAGUGUGACGUCUGUACUUGGGAUAAAAACAAAGCCAUCAAGUCUUGUCUGGUGUGUCGGAUCUCUUUUUGCCAAAAUCACCUCAAAGAACAUGACAGUUUCUUUCAACAACACGAUAUGACAGAUGUCACGGGGCGACUGCAGGAGAUGAUGAUAAACCGCUGGAAUUUUUUUGUCAUACUGACCAGCAGUAUAUCUGUUAUCUGUGUAUGAUGGACGAGCACAAAAACCAUGUGGCUGUAUCAGCUGCAGCAGAGAGGAGUAAGAAACUGAGACAAUUUCAUCAGAAAAUCCAGGAGAAAAAGAUGGGCGGUUUUCGUUUUAAAGCAGCUUUAGCUUUUGACAUGAGUUUCCGGUCUCUCAUUUUCCCUUUUGGACCAGACUCACCGAGCACCACUGUCAGUUAUCCCUUCUUUUCUGAUGCACAAAAAUCUGCCUCUCAGCUGAAAGAGAAACCAGAUAGAUGGCAAAUAGAGAAGAUAUAUGGAAAGGGAAAGGAUUGGAGCAGCAUGAAUCUUUGGUACAGGACAACAGUCACUGACAGAUGCAAGUUUGUGACAGAGUAUAACCCUCCAUCUAAUGAACGUGUGGAACUGGGCGCUCGUUACACUGAACCAGUGAUCAUUCAGAGGAGCAAAGAGCAGAAUGAGAAAUACUAUCAUGAACAUGUGAGGUCUGCUCAAGCUUCUGAAACAAAAACAUCAUCUCAACUGUUAUCAAAUGACAAGAAUCACAGCAUCAAAAUAGACCAGCUGUUCAGUCCCGACAGUGAUGGAAACACGCCGAAAACUGUUAUUCUCAGUGGUGAUUCUGGAAGAGGUAAGUCCUUCACGUUACAGAAGAUCAUGUUGGACUGGGCUUCUGGAGAACUUUACUCUGAAAACUUUGCUGUAGUUUUUCUGUUAAGGUGUGAAGAGUUGAAGUGUAUUUCUGAUGUGAAGAGCUUGAUUGAGCUCUUGAGCUGCAGUAGCAGUUUUACAUCAGAUCAGAUCUCACAGAUACUAGAGUUAACACCAGAGAAAGUCCUUAUCCUCAUUGAUGAAUUGGUUGAGUAUGAGUCUUGUUCACUCAUUAAUUUCAUACCACACACUAAUCCAUCCAAGAGAGCGCCACCUAUGGUUAUUCUUGGGCUCCUGUUGAAGGGAGUCUUGCUACCUGAAUCAUUCAUGCUUGUAACUAUGAGAUCUAUAGCUGCUGAUACAGUGAUGAAUCUCCUCAAGGGACCUCUGCGUUUCACUGAGAUUGUGGGCUUCUCUGAGAGAGGGGUGCAGGAGUACUUCCACAAGUUCUUUCAGGAUGAGCAACUCUUCAAGAAUACAUAUGAGAGUGUGAAGACAAAUGAAAGCCUCCUUACUUCCUGCUCUGUGCCUUUGCUAUGUUGGAUGGUCUGUUUUUGUCUGAAGAAAUACUCAACUGAUAGUCAGGUUAUGGUGAAAAAACUAAAGACAACCACCUCCAUAUAUGUGCACUUUGUGUCUGCUCUACUGGAGCAUCAUGGACAGAGUAAGUAUGUCCUCACCACGCUGAGGAAUCUAGGUCAGCUGGCACAAAGAGGAAUACAAAAUCAGCAAGUCUUUUUUGAUGAAAAGGAUGUGGCAGAGACUGGCUUAGUUGCCACCAAGUGUCUGUUCUUGUAUAAAGAUUAUGUUAAUGGAAAAGAAAAACCAGAACCAGUUUUCAAGUUCAUGCACUUCAGCUUUCAGUGGUUCUUUGCUGCUCUUUGGGUCUUGCUUGAUGAAGAAGAGUCCUGGUGGAAAGUCAGUGAGCUGUUGAACUUGAUGGGCUCAGCUAUAGUUGAAUGCCUAUCUCUAGAAAGAAGAUCAAAUCCCAUCCCAUCAGUUUUGCUGUUCUUCUAUGGUCUCUUAAAUGAGGAGGUGAUCAGCUCACUUUUUAAAAAAAUCAAAUUAACUGUCUCUCACACCAUAAAACUGAGGAAAAGAAAACUGAAGAAAACACUGAAGCAAAGAAUUCUUACAAUGACAACAUGGCAUGGAUGUGAACUAUAUGUUCUCCACUGUCUGUAUGAGCUCCAAAAUGUGGGGUUUGAAAGGAAAGUUCUGGAAGCUCACAGCUUCAUGGAUCUGUCUAACAUUUCCCUGAGGAGCACAGACUGUUGGGUGCUGCUGUACUGUCUUCAGUGCUGUCCACACAUCAGAGAACUGAACCUCAUGUACUGUGAUCUAACAGCUGAUAAACUCAAGAUUCUUCAGCCAGCACUCUGUAUGUGUGAGACUCUGAGGUCAGUGUGA